ACUUCUGACUGAAGCAAGAACCGCAACCGGCAUUUCAAUGCACCUUCUCACAUUCGGAGGAAGAUCAUGUCUUCCCCCCUUUCCAAAGAGCUGAGGCAGAAGUACAAUGUUCGGUCUAUGCCCAUUGGAAAGGACGAUGAAGUUCAGGUUGUCCGAGGACACUACAAAGGCCAGCAGAUUGGCAAAGUGGUCCAAGUGUACAGGAAGAAAUACAUCGAACAAGUACAGCGAGAAAAGGCUAACGGGACCACCGUCCACGUGGGCAUCCACCCCAGCAAGGUGGUUAUCACCAGGCUAAAGCUGGACAAAGACCGCAAAAAGAUCCUGGAAAGGAAAGCCAAGUCUCGACAAGUUGGAAAGGAGAAGGGCAAAUACAAGGAAGAAAUGAUUGAGAAGAUGCAGGAGUAGGGGUGUGACCUACACAG